GAAGGGACACUUUAAAUGUAAACAAAAACGUGACGGCCAUGUUGGCGUUGGUUAUUUUAUCAAUUUAGUGUUAUCAGGUAAACAACUGCAGUAUCAAUGUAUCAUAAGGUAUCAUAAUUCAUGAUUUAAAGUUAGUAAAAAACUUAGCAAGAGCAUUUGUUACACGUUUUUUAUUUUGCGUACUGCUUUUUAACUGUUCUCUUGUGGUCUGUGCCUUUGUGAAUAAUAUUGUACAUUUUGUAUAUAUCUACAUAAUAUAACAAUGUCGAGCCGAAAGAGUGGAUAUUCAUUUAAAUGCAUUGUGAAAUCGUGCGGAGAACUGAAAAUUCAAAAAGAAUCUGUUAGUUUUUUUUCUUUUCCCAAAGAUCCUGCUCGAUGUAAAAUUUGGUUAGAGCAAUGUCAACUGCCAGCUGACAUUCUAUCUCAAAAAAAUAUUAAAUUAUGUGGAAAACAUUUUGAAAAAAAUAUGUUUCUAAAUUUUUUGGAGAACAGGUUGAAGCCAGAUGCUAUACCUACACUAUUUCCAGAUGAAAGAGAUGGUUGUGAAGUUAGUCACAUUAAGAACAUCUUUGAAGUUAUCAUCUAGUGACAAAGUUGGAAUCUGUACCACUUUAACUGAAAAUGUGUCUUGUGGCUCAAAUAGUCCACUAAAAAUUAAUGACG